AUGGACGUGAUGGCUAUCCUUGGGCUUAAAGUGCAAAGCACAAAGAUGACACCCGGCCUCGAGCAGCAGAAUCAAAACACGAACCGUUUACUCCUCAGAGAACCCGAACGGAGAGGAUCUUCAGUUAACCCGCAGUGCAUGGUUAACAAUCUUGGACCAAAAUGUAAUUCCAUGCCGCCACGGCAUGACGACAAACAUGACGACACGCCUAAGGAGUCUCAAGAACAAAAUGCACAGCUGAGACAUGAGAUGAUGAAACAGGCGCAGAUUAUCCUCGACGUCAAGAAGAAACACAAAGAAGCCGUGGGCCAGUUUAAACAGUACUCGGCAAAUAUCACAUACGAACUCGAGGAACAGAAAAAGAAAGUUUCCAACCUCGAGUUCCAAAAAGAAAAGCUCGUUAGUGAUCUCGAGCGACAAACAAAAAGGAUUUUCGACCUCGAGUGCCAAAAUAGAAUCCUAGUUCAUAGUAUCGAGAGACAAACUAAAAUAGCAUCUACGCUAGAAAAGCGAGAUGCAAAGAUGAAGGAAGUCUUCGGUAACAUUUCCAGCACAAUGUUCUCGGAGCUCGAGUACCAAGAAGAACUGAUCAACGAGAUGACACCAGGCGAAGGGGGAUUUUUCCGGCCAAGUCACAGUACCCUAGUGGAUCUGGUUGAAAUCAUUGAACAAUGGACAGCAGACGACAAGAAUUCAGAGAUGAUGUUCAAUUUUGAAGAUGAGCCGCAGUUUGAACAGCUAUACACGGAACUGUUGUCUCGAUUCAGCGAACAAUCAUGCCAGCUCAAAAUGCAGGCAAUGAAGCUCGGUAGACAGAAAGGCAUGAUUGACGAACAAAGGGGCAUUAUCUUCGAACUCGAGGCGCAGAAACGAAAGCUUGCUGGCGAUCUUGAAGAACAAGAUGGAAGAGUGGCUUCCCUGCUUGAAUGUUUAGAAAGGAAUGGUGUAGAAUCCACAUUCCUCCGGAACUAG